UCCAACAUGGCGGCGCCCGGCUGUUGACAGGCACAGCAAGACAAGACUACUUUGUGAUUUAAACUUUUUUUUCCGGGCUAAGACAAUUCAACAUUUUAUCGACUACCAAACACACAAAUCAAGCUACACACCGAUUACAUUCUGGAGGGUUUAACGGACUUGGAGUCUUUCAUCGACGAUCACUAUUUCCACCUGCAGUCAAGCAUUGACUCUAACCAGGGCUUAAACACACCCAACUCCAAGAGGAGAAAAUGAGACUCCGCAACGGACACGGCUGAUCUACAAACCACCUAAGUUGAGAUCUAAUAAUGAUUUCGGUAAUGCGACUCAUGACCCGGUCGCUUAUGCCUGUGUGCCGUCUUCCAGCAAUGCGUAUAAAGACCAUGUCUACCAAGAUGGGUUCAGGGUACCGGCAAGCCAAUGUGGUGAUCCUGCACAAGACCCUAGCGGAUGACUUUGAGGCGUUUUGUCGUGCCAACAGCAGCCCCCUCCCGCUGCUGUACCGAAGUGAGCCAGGGGAGUGGGGCUGUCCCCCGCUCGCUGAGGAAUCGGACAUCAGAGUGGACUGCCCGCGGUACUGCGUGUUUGAGAAUGGCCGCCUCUUGGCCACAGUCGCCGACCUGACCUCCUUUACCCCGCAGAUGCAGGACAUGGUCACCUUCUACCUGGGCUGCAGCUUCAGCUUUGAGCGCACCCUGCAGGACGCGGGCGUCCCGGUCCGAAACGUGGAGCAGAACCGUAACGUCAGCAUGUUCAGGACCGCAGUGCCGUGCCAUGGAGCCGGAAGAUUCCAGUGCCCCAUGGUGGUGACGAUGCGGCCGAUCCCGGAGGAGAAGCUAGAUGCCGCCGCGCUGGCCACACACCUGGCCCCCCAGGCCCACGGGGCGCCCAUCCACAUCGGGGACCCAGCUCUGCUGGGGAUCCAGGAUGCAUCGCGGCCGGAAUAUGGUGACACGGUGGACCCCGCCCCGGGCGACGUGCCGGUGUUCUGGGCCUGCGGGGUGACGGGCGUGGAGGCAGUGCAGAGUUGCAAGCCGCCACUGGCGUUCACUCACUCACCUGGCUGCAUGUUCGUCAGUGACAGAGAGGAGACGUCAACUGCCGCGGUGACCUCUGACCCUGAACAGUGUCCCUUGACCUUCUGCAUCUCCCAGCGGCCCCUGCACUACAGCCUGGUGUCCAAGGCAGCUGUCCAGCGGAUCCGGACCCUGGAGGAGAUCAUCGGGGCGGAUCCAGGGGAGAGGGGCAUCCGGGCCCUGUUCGUGCGGGAAGAGCUGCUGAAGUCCUGCCUGUCCCUGUCCCACGCCUCCUCCGUGCUCAUCACCACCGGCUUCCCCACCCACUUCAAACACGACCCCCCCGAGGAGACCGACGGGCCCCCCGGCGCCAUCGCCAUGGCGGCCACCCUCCGGGCCCUCGGCAAGGAGGUUGCCAUAGUGACGGACCGCCGUGCCCUGGAGAUGAACCUGCGCAUCAUGGAGGAUGCCGUGGAGAGAGGUGUGAUCGAGGCACCGUUCCCUCUACUCAGCUUCCAGAACUCGGGCUCAGACUCAGCUCAACGCUUCCUGUGUCAUGAUGGCGACCCGACCCGGCCCAGAUUUGACCACUUGGUGGCAAUAGAGCGCACCGGCAGAGCAGCAGACGGGAACUACUACAACAUGAGGGGAGUGAACAUUAAGCAUCUGGUGGAUCCCAUUGAUGACCUCUUUACUGCGGCCACUGCCAUAGCGGGGAUCACUACAACAGGUAUCGGGGACGGCGGAAACGAGCUGGGAAUGGGCAAGGUGAGGGAGGCCGUGAGGACGCACAUGCCCAACGGGAGCCUCAUCGCCUGUGACGUGGCGGCCGACUUCGCCAUCACUGCAGGGGUGUCAAACUGGGGGGGCUAUGCCGUGGCCUGCGCCCUCUGCAUCCUCGCUCUCUGCCCCGUCCACGAGCGCUACCUCCGCCGAGGCCUUGGGUUCCCGGCCACACCGGAACGCCACCGUGACUGGGCCAACAGCCUGCCCACCGUCGCCAAGGAGGAGGAGCUCUUGGCCGUCCUGGUGAAGCACGGCGUCCGCAGCGGCAAGACGGGGAACCUGGCCAUGGAGGUGGAUGGCCUCCCCUUCCACCCCACCCACUCCGACCUGAUCCAGCAGCUGAGGGAGGCCGCCCUCUGGCCCCGCCCUGCUCUGACCUGAUCCAGCAGCUGAGGGAGGCUGCCCUCUGGCCCCGCCCUGCUCUGACCUGAUCCAGCAGCUGAGGGAGGCUGCCCUCUGGCCCCGCCCUGCUCUGACCUGACCCGAGCGCAGGCGGCGCCGUAGCAACGGAAUUAACAGAACCAACACUAUACGCUAGAUGGGUGGGGUUAGGAAU